AUGCUCAAACAAAAAUAUGAAGUCUUCGAUGAAUUCAAGAGGUUCAAGACAUUGGCUGAGGUAAAGAAAAAUACAAAGCUCAAGUGUCUUCGAUCAAGCAGAGGAGGAGAGUUUGUUUUUGACAAAUUGAAUAGUUUUUGUGUUUCACAAGAUAUUAAAUGGCAAUUGACUGCCCCCUACUUACCUCAGCAUAACGAAAUUGUGGAGAGAAAGAACAAGAUAAUUAUUUCUCUAGUUAGAAGCAUGCUAAAAGAGAAAAAAAUACUCUAAGAAUUGUGGGGAGAGGUUGUAAACACAUCGGUAUAUCUCUUAAAUUGGUCUUCCAUUAAUAGUUUGUAGGGGUUGACUCUAUGUGAGAAGUGGACGGAGAGAAAAUCUUAUAUUGGCCAUUUAUGUGUCUUUGGUUCAAUUGUGCAUGUGAAAUGCACUAGAGGACCACUAAAGAAGUUGGAAGAUCAAAGUCAACCUAUGGUCUUCAUCGAGUACCAAGUUAGCUCAAAGGCUUAUCGUUGUUUAGACCCAAUUAACGGCACAAUUCAUAUUAGCUGCGAUGCUAUUUUUGAAGAAAAUGACAAGUGAAAUUAGGAAAAAAUAUGUGAAAAGAGGCUUGAACUUACGUUUUUUCUUAAUCUUCCUCAUGAAUAGAGUAUGGAGGAGCCAUUUGACUCUAAAGAUGAAGACAAAAUAGAGCAAUUUGAGACUCAAGGUGAAACACCGGUCACUCACAUUGAGUCUGAAGAAAGUGAGCCAUUAAAGUUCAAAUCUAUUGAUCAAAUCUACACCAAAAUAAGUUCAAUGUCAACUAUGGAUGAAAAUUGCAUGCUCUCACUUGAAGAACCAACCAUUUACACAGAAACAACUUGAGAUGACUCAUAAAGAAGAGCUAUGAGAGAUGAAAUGGAGGCAAUUGACAGUAGUGAAACUUGGGAGCUUCUAGCUCCACCUAAUUGCAAGCCAAUUUGACUUAAAUGGAUAUUUAAGCUCAAGAAGAUGGCACAAGGAGCUAUUGUAAGGCACAAAGCCUGACUAGUUGUGAAGGGCUACUCAUAGAGACAGGGGAUAGACUAUGAUGAAGUCUUUGCUCCUGUAGUGAGAUUUGUCUAUAUGUGUCCCCAUUGCAAUUGCUGCUCAAAGAGGUUAGACUUAUCUCAAUGUUAAGUCUGCCUUCUUAAAUGGAGAUGUAGAGGAGGAGCUCCAUGUGAAGCAACCUGAAGGUUUUAUUGUGAAGGGCAGAAAGUAAUUUGUGAUGAAGUUAAAGAAGGCUCUUUAUGGGCUCAGGUAGCCCCCUUGUGCUUGGUACUUCAAGUGAGUGACACUUGAUUGUGGGAGUAUAUGUGGAUGACUUGAUUGUCACUGAAUUCCUAUUACGGAAGUGAUCUUCGAUCAAUGAGUUCCUAUUUAGGAAUUGAAAUUAGUCAAGGCACUAACUACAUCUGCCUCAGCCAAAGUGGGUAUGCACACCGAAUUCUUGAGCUCAGAGGACUUCUAACUUGCAAUCCCUCUUAGACACUUCUUGAAGUUUGAGUCAAAUUCAGCAAGCAAGGAAAUAGCACUUGUGCAGAUCCCACCAAAUUCUAGAGCAUCAUCAGGAGUUUUCAGUAUUUGACUCACACACAAAUCGAAUUUAAUGUUCUCAGUGGGCUUGUUGAGCAGAUUCAUAGAGAAUCUCGCCUCGGAACAUCUCAUGGCUUCUAAGAGGAUUCUCAAAUACAUCAAGGGAACAAUUGACUAUGGCCUAAUCUACGUGAAGGAUCAAAUGAAGGAUUCAUUCAUUGGCUAUAGCGACAAUGACUUUGCUGGUGAUGUUGAUGAUCGAAGAUGUACUUCAGGGCAAGUUUUCCUCUUGGGAACAUCCAUCAUCAAUUAGGCCUCAUAGAAGCAGAAGGUAGUGGCUUUGUCCUCGUGUGAAGCCAAGUACAUAGCUGCCACAUCAGCCGCAUGUCAAGGUAUUUGGUUGAAUCAGCUCAUCGGUGAGUUAAGAAGAACUGAAGAGAGGCCUAUGAAAUUGUUUGUAGACAAUAAGUCUGCAAUCACUAUGAGCAAGAAUCAAGUGCACCACAGUGGAAUAUGUGUGGAGGAGAAGAAGGUUGAAGUGGAAUAUGUACGAACAGAAGAUUAGAUGGUCAAUAUCUUGACCAAAUCGUUGGGAAGACUGAAGCUUCUAGAGAUGCGACAACGGUUAGGUGUUCAGAGCAUUUGCACGGAGGAGCAAGAGCAAGGAGGAGAUUGAAGGCUUAGCUCUAACUCCGCCGUCACUCGUCGUGGCUUGCCAUCUCUGGCGAGCUCUCUGAUGAAGACAAAUUUGGGUGUAGUUUAAUCACAGCAGCACAUCGCUUGGAGUUAUAA